AUGGAUCUCGUGAGUUUGGACCUCGCCGUGAGAUUAGGAGUAACUCAGUUUUCCUAUUUGCCGACGCUUAUGAAAAGAUUGGAGCAGUGCCGACCAACUCUUAUUGUUAAUAAUAGCUUCUACCCUUUGGCGCCAGACCUGAUAGAUUACAAGACUAAGGCGAUCGGCAUCGAUUUCCACGAAAGAUAUUAUGGGUUGGCUGAUUUGCAUGGUUCUAACUUUCAAUUUGAUGCUCGUUUUUGGUCACCCAAGCUAGAACUGAUAUCUGGAGUCAUCACCAAGGACAAUGACUAUCUAUGUGCAUUGGACCAUGACGGCGACAGGCUUCUUGUGAGCGACCAGCAUGGUGACACCAUGUGUAUUUCCAAAACGAUAUUGAGGGAUUACGAACGUGAAACCUACGAGGAUGUACCAAUCUUCUACUGUCAAACAGCUAACGCAGAUACGAUUUUUCUCUUCAGCCACAACUUCGUCCUUGUGGUGAAGUUCACCGAUCUUUUCCAUUCCCUACCCUUGUGGUGCCACGCGGAGCUCACGGAUGGAGAUGGUGUUCCAAGAGACCCGAAAGUUGAAGGAGUAUACGUCUCUUGCAUUCGGAUGGACAUUGUCAUGGUGACUGACUUGCUCCAGUGUUCCUCCUGGAAUGUCGGCAAAGAUCUCUAUUCGCAUCACAGAUACAACAAACUGGACGAUAUCAUCACAUUCAUUGCCGUCACAGAGGACUCCAUCGAGCUACGAGACUUUCAAAAGGAAAUGAUGCAGUGGGACGAGUUCACGACCACUGUUCCGAGGAAGAGAGAUGAAUAUCAUGAACCAAUAGCAUUUCUUUUUAAGGAUGUUUUCGUCAUCGAAGAAACUAGGGGUUGUUUCAUGGCAUACGAUCUUACAAAUCGUCGCUGUGUGCACUUUGAGAGUGAAUUCUUCAGCUGGAUACCGUACUCUUUGCACUGGAUGUUUGAGGGUGCCAACGACGCUCUUUACUUGUCGCUGGAGAGUUGCUCGUGGUACAUUCCUUGA